AGCGAGAAAUAGCCCGAUGGGCCCACCACUGACAGGGAUUAAUCCCAAACCGACUGCGCAUUAAGCAAGCGCUUUACCACUGGGCUACAUAUCGCCCCUUCUAAAAAAAAAUAGGAGCCCGUACGCGUAUGUCAGCUCAUUCCCUGAAACCUAAAUAACCACACUUUAAAAUGUUCGGGUGUCAUAAUCGAAACAUUUUCUUAGCGUAGUCUUUCCAACCCUGACUGAGCCCACCUGUUGUUUGACCUCGAGCGGAGCGUAAACCUGCGUUGCAUAAUUUUGACCCGUGUCGAAUCCGUGCACUCUUUUGUAGUACGCCGUCCUGAGUGUCUUAUUGUUCGGUGGUAUGUUCUGUUCGUUACUGCUGAAAACAACUCGUGUGAAACUCGCGUUUUGCAGAUAUUGUGAGCCUACAAAAUGUUAGCUGUGAAGACUGGAAGCGAGUGGGUUUCGAACCUGUUCGCUGACCAAGCGGACUUGUACCCCAAACUGCUGAAGGCUCUCUCCGCCGCAGCGGCCUGUGCAGUGGUUGUCGACGUCGUGCGGAGGCUGCUGGGGGUCAGGCGGCUUUACAAGAGACUGGAGGCAUGUCCCACGGCACCAGGCUUCUCCUGGAUCAGUGGGUCUAUGGUUGGGGUGCCAAAAGACCCCGAAGGACGACUCGACUACGAAAUUAGGAUGGUAAAGCAAUUUCCAAAGUGCUACGUCAUGUGGUUCGGACCCAUGAUCCCCAUGCUGAAGGUCCAUCAUCCAGAAACAAUGAAGGUCAUUCUAAAGAGUCUAGAACCGAAGAACAAGCAUUCUGGUGGAUAUAAACAUCUCCGGCCCUGGCUGGGGGAGGGGCUGUUGAUAGCCGACGGGGCGAGGUGGGCCAGGUCAAGAAGACUGCUGACCCCAGCUUUCCACUUCGACAUUCUCAAACCAUACGUCGCCAUCUACAACCAGUGCUGCGACAAACUGCUGGAGAAGAUCGACAUAUUCGCCGAGUCUGGGGAGAGUUUCGACAUCUACAACCUGAUCACUCACUGUACCCUGGACAUCAUUCUUAGGUGUGCGAUGUCCUACGACAGCGACGUACAAAACUGUGGUGACGCACAUCCAUAUCUUCAAGCAGUAAAAGAGAUGCUAGCAAUAUCUACUUUAAGGAUACUGAACCCUAUAUUAAAUCCAAACUUCAUUUUCUAUCGCUCGUCUCACGCGAAGAAAUUCUUACAGAACUGCAAGUAUGUGCACGGGAUUGCCGAAAACAUCAUAGAAACACGUAGGAAAACACUGGAAACGGGUGGAUUGUCACAGAAGCAGCACCUUGAUUUUCUCGACAUACUACUGACCGCUAAAGAUGAAAACGGAGUUGGACUGACCAAACUGGAAAUCAGAAACGAAGUGGACACUUUCCUUUUCGAAGGUCACGACACAACUGCCAGCGCCAUUUCCUGGACGCUGUAUUCGAUGGCGGAACACCAGGAAUUCCAGACCCAAAUUCAGGAAGAGCUGGACUCUGUUAUCGGAGAUAAUACGGAAGUCCGCUGGGAGGACCUGUCUGAGCUGAAUUACUUGACCCUCUGUGUGAAGGAGAGUCUGAGAUACCACUCCCCAGUUCCGUUCUUGUCUCGCAGACUGGCCCGAGAGGUGGUCUUUGACGGGGUUUCGUUUCCAGUGGGCACCGUCAUCAUCAUCAGCGUAUAUGGUCUUCAUAACAACCCACAUGUCUGGUCCGAGCCAGAGGUCUUUGACCCGGACCGGUUUUUACCAGACAAUAUUUCCAAGAUGGACCAGUAUGCCUUUCUGCCAUUUGUUGCCGGACCUAGGAAUUGUAUUGGUCAGCAUUUUGCAAUGAAUGAGGAUAAAGUGGUGGUCGCACGAGUUCUGAAACGAUAUCAUCUGGAAGUUGACCCUACCCAUGAAGUUAAACGAUCAGCCAUGGGCAUCAUGAAGGCUCAGACCGGUCUGUGGGUGAAGGCCACUCCCAGACACAGACACUGAUCACCGACAAUAUACAGAUCAUGGUACAAAGAUCAUGAUGAAAUAAUUGUGAUGUCCUCAGAACACUUCUGGCCUACAUGUGGCCCGUGUUCAACCAGCCGUUUUUCACUAAACGUUUGUGAACUAUUCUCGAAGUGGUUACCGAAGUGGUCAUUUGGUUUAAUGUGUAGUGCAGACACGGCAGAGCAGGGGGACUGCAGUCUCCCUCCCCUAAAUAUUUCUUUAUCAAAAAUAUUAUUGGUAGUAAAUCUAAAGGCAGAGGUGAA